GACAGAGGUGCAGUGUUUGAUGUUCAGAGUUACCUUAAAGAUUUCCUCACGCAGUGGGUUAUAUUAAGGUGCUGACUUUGGAUUACAUUAUAGAAGACUAGGAAUGAUAAUUUCUACUUUCAGAGCGUCAGACUAAGAAGCUAAAGAGAAGCCUUUGUAAAUAACUGGCACCUCUCCUGCUGUCCUUUUGCAUUUGGAGACCCCUUUGUUUCACGUUUCUGAGGAGUUUAUAACUAGUAUAGUCACUAUGAACGUGACAAGUUUAUUUUCCUUCACAAGCCCAGCUGUGAAAAGACUUCUUGGGUGGAAACAGGGUGAUGAAGAAGAAAAGUGGGCAGAGAAAGCUGUUGAUGCUUUGGUGAAAAAACUGAAGAAAAAGAAAGGUGCCAUGGAGGAACUGGAAAAGGCCUUGAGCUGCCCAGGGCAGCCAAGUAACUGUGUCACCAUUCCCCGCUCGCUGGAUGGCAGGCUGCAGGUCUCCCACCGGAAGGGACUGCCUCAUGUCAUCUACUGCCGUGUGUGGCGCUGGCCUGAUCUCCAGAGCCACCAUGAACUAAAACCGCUGGAGUGCUGUGAGUUUCCUUUUGGUUCCAAGCAGAAGGAGGUCUGCAUCAAUCCCUACCACUAUAAGCGAGUAGAAAGUCCUGUUCUUCCUCCAGUGCUGGUUCCAAGACACAGCGAAUAUAAUCCUCAGCACAGCCUCCUCGCCCAGUUCCGCACCUCGGGACAAAACGAGCCUCACAUGCCACUCAACGCCACUUUUCCGGAUUCUUUCCAGCAGCCCAACAGCCACCCAUUUCCUCAUUCUCCCAACAGCAGUUACCCAAACUCUCCCGGAAGCAGCAGCAGCACCUACCCUCACUCUCCUACCAGCUCAGACCCGGGCAGCCCCUUCCAGAUGCCAGCUGAUACGCCUCCACCUGCCUACCUGCCACCUGAAGACCCCAUGACCCAGGAUGGCUCUCAGCCAAUGGACACAAAUAUGAUGGCGCCUUCAUUGGCCUCUGAAAUCAGUAGAGGAGAUGUUCAGGCAGUUGCUUAUGAGGAACCAAAACACUGGUGCUCUAUUGUCUACUAUGAGCUCAAUAACCGUGUGGGUGAAGCGUUCCAUGCCUCCUCCACAAGUGUGUUGGUGGAUGGCUUCACCGAUCCUUCCAACAAUAAGAACCGUUUCUGCCUUGGGCUGCUCUCCAACGUUAACCGGAAUUCCACUAUCGAAAACACCAGGCGGCAUAUUGGAAAGGGAGUUCAUCUUUAUUAUGUUGGAGGGGAGGUCUAUGCCGAAUGCCUCAGUGACAGCAGCAUCUUUGUGCAAAGUCGGAACUGCAACUACCAUCAUGGAUUUCAUCCCACUACUGUUUGCAAAAUCCCUAGUGGGUGUAGUUUAAAAAUUUUUAACAACCAAGAAUUUGCUCAGUUAUUGGCACAGUCUGUGAAUCAUGGUUUCGAAACAGUGUAUGAGCUCACAAAGAUGUGCACUAUACGCAUGAGCUUCGUGAAGGGCUGGGGAGCAGAAUACCACCGCCAGGAUGUUACCAGCACCCCCUGCUGGAUUGAGAUACACCUGCAUGGCCCACUGCAAUGGUUGGAUAAAGUUCUUACCCAGAUGGGUUCACCUCAUAAUCCUAUUUCAUCGGUGUCUUAAAUGGCCUCGGGCUUCUGCCUCUUGAAAACUAUUGAGCCUUGCAUGUACUUGAAGGAUGGAUGAGUCAGACACAAUGGAGAGCUGACAAAGGAGCCUUGAUAAUACUUGACCUCUGUGACCAACUGUCGGAUUCAGAAAUUUAAAAACCUUGGUAACACACCGUUGAUAUCAAGAACCUGUUUAGUUUACAUUGUAACAUUCUAUUGUAAAAUCAGCUAAAAUCCAGACUCUUAGCAGGAUGUUGUGUGUAGUUAAAGAAGAGAUGGCCACGCCAAGGACAAACUGUCUAUUAGAAAAAUAGUCCUAAGAGAUGCUUUUGUGUUUGGCACUUUAAGGUCAUCAGUUGGCAGAAGUUUAGCAUUAAUAGUCUUUCUGAGGUGUGUUUUUAUCAGGGUUAGAGCCCAUGUUCAAACUUUUCAUGGGUUUUCAUAAUAUUUUAAAACUAUUUGUUUAGUAUUGGUUUUUUUUUUAAGUAAAGGUUAAUCUUUAUGAUAUACAUAGUAAUCUUUCUAAAAUUGUAUGCUGACCAUACUGCUGUCAGAAUAACGUUAGGCGUAUGCUCUUUGCUAAAUAUGUAUGUACAGAAUAUUUGGAAGUUAAGAAUUGAUUAGACUAGUGAAUUUAGGAAUAUUUGAGGAGGGCAGGGGGAGGGAAAGGACAACUGCAGAUGUAGACUAUGCUGUAAAAAUUCAGUUUGUUGCCUUAAACAAGCUGAUGUCUGAAUUUUGCUGUGUUUCGAUCUUUUAGAGAUUUUAUCCUAUCUUUUUGUUUUGUUUUGUUUUUUGGCAUUCUUCUAUCCCAUCUUCUCCACAAGAGAUUAUACAGCUGGUUAAUUCAUAUGAUAGUGACAGUAAAUGAGUAAUUCCUGCCCUAGUGAAAUUGACUGCCUGUAUAUUUCAAUACCAACUGUACGGAGUGCUUGAAUUUAAUAAGCAGUUUUUAUGGAGUUUACAUUACAGAAAUAGGCUUUAAUUUUCAGGUGAAUUGUUUGCCAAACCUAGCAACUCUGUCAAAUGAGGAUUUAAACCCAUUUCAAACUUUUUUAAUUUUUUUGUAUUCUGUUUGGUUUUUUUCUUCUGUUAAUCUUUUAUAUUCACUUAAUGCUCUCAUACAUGAAUACUUUUAUUCCAAAACUAGUGGGUUUUCUCUACUGGAAAUUUUAAAUAAACCUGUCAUUAUUGCUUACUUUGAUUAAAAA